AUGAAAAUGGCCGCUGCCCUUGGUAACCAUCCUAAGUUAUUCCAGCUGAUACAGGAAAAGGGCAGCAGGAGACCUGGUGUUAGUGAAACUAUACGUGACGAGAGUGGACAGCCUAUCUACAACUUGUCAAAACGAUUGGAGCGUUGGGUUGAGCAAUUUGAAAGGCAAUUUAAUCGAUCGGAGUUGUUAGAUUUCUCGCCGGCCACUGAUCGCCCCGCUCCCUGGCCUGUCUCUUUGGAUCCACCCUCUCGCUCUGAAGUCGAACGUGAGACCGAACUGUUGAAGCUAAAUAAAGCCGCGGGACCGGAUGAUCUUCCUCCAACCCUCUUCAAAUCCGGGGGACCUGCUCUGGUGAACGAUUUACACGAGUUUCUGGUCAAACUGUGGGACCAGGAAACUGCCCCAACCGACUGGAGCCGCUCGGUCAUAGUCCCCAUUUUUAAAGGAGGUUCACGGUCGGAAUGCGGCAGCCAUAAUCAGUCUGAUCUCCAUCGCCUCCAAAUUGCUUGCCUCUGUCAUCCUUCACAGACUGACUGGAACUCGUGA